UGGUUUAUCAGGCAUGACCGUGUUAUUGAAGAGUAGGGAUAAUAGAAUCCGUAUCGUAGCAAAACGCACGAGUUAGGGGCGGCGAUGGGAGGUUCAUCGGAGGAUUUCUCGGUGGUGGUGCUGGCGUCGGACCUCGGCGUCGAUGCGCGACCUUUCCUCGAACACGAUCAACAGCAAGAAGAAGAGAAUUGGCACGACUGUUCCCAGUACCUCUCCCCCGACGAGGACUUCUCCGAUCUCGAUCAGUUGCAAUUCCUCCGCCUCCAAGGCUCCGACAAGAACUCCAAUCGCAUUCUCCGCAUCGUCGGCAAGUACUUUCCCGCAACUGUUGUGAGUGCGGAGCGGCUCAAGCGGUAUGUGUUCAACAAAAUUUGCAGUGAGUUGCCUGAGGGGCCCUUCUGUAUUGCUUACAUGCACAGCACUGUUCAGAAGGAGGAUAAUUCCCCUGGCAUCACCAUCUUGAGGUGGAUCUAUGAAGAACUUCCUGCUGAUUUCAAGGACAGGCUUCAGACUGUGUAUUUCGUCCACCCUGGCUUUCGGUCCCGGCUAGUCAUCGCUACUCUUGGCCGCUUUUUCUUGAGUGGAGGAUUAUAUUGGAAGAUCAAGUAUGUAAGCCGGCUUCAGUACCUUUGGGAUGACAUAAAGAAAGGAGAGAUUGAGAUACCGGAUUUUGUGAAAAGUCAUGAUGAUAUUCUGGAGAAUAGACCACUCACUGAUUAUGGCAUUGAACCUGACCCCUUUCACUUGACUGGGAUGCCUUCAACUACCUACUCAUUUGGAAAGUACGAGGAGAGAUGGGCGGGAAGGAAUUAUGUGUCUUAGUAUGUGUAUUGUCUUAUUACAUGAUGAACCCAAACCUUUUGUACAGAAUGACUCUAGUAUUGUAUUUGUAUUUCCUAUACUCUCAUCUUUGAGUUUCUUUGUUUGUUUAGUUAAACUUGACUGUGUACGAAUAGGAGGACUACAUGUUUUCUAUGCCAUAAGAAACUUUUAUGUAAGUUGUAUGCUGUGUACUGCACGAUUAUCACCUUCCUGUGAGCUUUUGAAAUAAGAAACAUGCAGCUUGUUUUUACUGGAAA